GCAGGAAGGCAGCAUUAAACUACUAGGACAGAUAGAGAACGACUGACUAAUAUCCUUCAGCUACUUUACAAGUUCACAGAUACACUCAGACAAACUUUGCUGUGUCUUUCAAUUCUACAGGGACUUCUGAAUGGGAUUGAAUUCCUGCUUGGUCAUAGUACUCAUAUCUCAAAAGGAUGGAGACCCUGUUUGCAGAAGCUCUCUUUGACAACAUAGCUGACAGUGGUGAUGAGCUGGCUUUUCGCAAGGGUGACAUCAUUGUGGUGCUAGACAGCAAUGUGGCAGGGAACACUGGCUGGUGGAAGUGUUCUCUACAUGGAUGUCAGGGCAUGGCACCGGCAAACCGCCUACGUCCCCUUAGUACUAACUUUGGUGCUGAGAGGGAGUCCUUGGGCACCCAAAGCCUUCAGAGCAUCUAUCAAACCCCAAAAGCUGUCAUGCCUUCACCAGUAAAUCACAUUUAUGAACCUAUGAAAGAAGUUUCAACUGCUCAUUCCAAAUCUGGCUCAGACAUAUAUGAUGUUCCAAGCCUGCCAUCUCCGCUGCAACCUUUGCAAAGCAAAACAUCACUGAGCUCAACCACAGAGGAGCAUGAGAGACAUGAAAUGCUGGACAGCGCAAGAUGUCCAAAUGCAAUAAAAAAGAAUGACUGCACUAUACCACCAUUGAUCACCAAUAACCCCACUUAUGACAUCCCAAUGCCCUCCAUCAGUGAGAAUAUUCAAAACCCUCCAUAUGGUUAUAGCACCAUGCCAAAUCCUUGCAAGUCUGAACGCAUCUACCGUACUAGUGUGCCAGUGUUCCCGCAAAAACAAGGUGACAAACCUUGUCACUUUGGCACCAUGCCAUCCAAACAUUUGAGUUCAAACAACCAGCUUUAUGACACUCCGCCGGCUCAUGUUUGGUCUGAAAGGAAACAAAGUCCCACCCAGCCCCUCUACGAUAUCCCCAAACCAAGCAAGAUUAUGCAAUCUUGUAAAGAUUCAUGCACCUAUGAUAUCCCACCUUGCCUGAGACAAUCAGAGAACUCUGCACAUUCUGUAAUGUUCCCCAGACAGCAAACCCUUCCUGAAACUGACUCUAACAAAAGCAAUGAACCCCUUCAAUGCUGGGGUAAACCCAGACCCAUUAAUGACCAACUUCAUCGUUGGCCCCCAAGGGGCAGGACAAUGUCCAGGCAGCUUACUGAAGGUGCAAUCAGAAGGGACGAUAACAAUGACAGCCAGAGAAGCUCGACGGCGUCCACACCAUCCACGGCCUCCAGCUCUUCCAGCAGCUCCUGUGACACUUUCAUGCUGAGUUCUCCAGAGCCUAAGCUCUUGCGUGAGGUCACUCUUUCUCAGGAGGAAGCUGGAAAGAAGCUGCUUGAGCUUCAGGAGUCUGUGUGUCAAUCUGUGUCCAAGCUUUUGAUGUUUGUGAGCAGCAAUUGGAGGUGCAAGGAGCAUCUGGGACAGCACCUCCAGCAAAUCCACACAGCUGCCGAAGACGUGACCGACUCUGUCACCUGCUUCAUAAAUUUCGCCCUGGAUGUUAGAGGUAAUGCGCAAAGGUUGACAGACUUGAACCUGCAGACCAGGUUACUUAAGCAGCUCUCCGUGGUUGAGGACUCGGGCUUGAUCCUGCAGCUGGCGACAGAUGCUCUGCGAGAUUUGGGCUGGCUGCUGGAGACUCUGGCUCAGGAUGCAGGCCACUCACAGACACCUGAUCACUUGGAGCGGUUUAUUAUGGUGGCUCGUACUGUACCAGAGGAUGUAAAGAGACUGGUUUCCAUCCUGAAUGCAAACGGCAAGCUUAUUUUCAGAGCGACUCCUAAGGAAACCGACACGGUGGAGCAUGUAGGCCCGUCUAACAGAAGUCUCUGCAAAAGUGAUCCGAUGGUAGACUCAGGAAUAAAUGAGAGUGACUAUGUACAGCUUCAGGUCUCCAUAUCACAGUCCAUGAGCCCCAGUCCACUCCACACCUCCAAGAAGCCUUCACUCUCUGACCACUGCCGUCUAUAUUUCGGAGCCAUUCAGAAGGCCAUCAGCUUGUUUUUAUGUAGCCUGACCGACGGUCAGCCCCCUGAGAAGUUCAUGUCCCACAGCAAGCUGGUCAUUAUGGUGGGCCAAAGACUUGUAAACACUCUGCGUGGUGAAGCUGAAAGUAGAGAGGCCAGCCAGGAAAUUUUGUCCAUAAUUAACCAGCUGUGUGCCCAUCUCAAGCAACUGGCCAUGGUCACUAAGAAAUCAGCUUUGAGCUUCCCUGACAAACUAGCUCUGCAAGAGGCACAGGACAGUGCCAAAGAGCUGGCCCAGAGGGUACAGGACUUCAGAAUAUCACUGGACAUAUGAGUGGAAAUUUUGUCACCUGUUUGUCUAGUAUAAGUUUGCAUGGUAUGUAGGUGGGCUGGUGGAGUACAUUGUAUGUGUGGAAUAUCUGCAAAAAACGUGUGAUUAUUGUGUAAGUCAGCAGAAUUGCUUUGUUUGUAUUUUAGCAUUUUAGUCUGUAUGAGGAGGCAGUGUUAAAUAAUAACACUGAUGAUGACGUAGCAGUUAGCAUGCUAGCUGUUGCUGUGUUGAAUUCAGAAAUGGUAGUAAAGUAACAAUCUUAAAGGAUUGCAUUACAUUACCUUUGGCAUCUAUGCAUUUGUAAGUGUAUGACAUACUCGCCCAGGCAAAACAAGCAAAUAUUGCAAAAAUAAAAUAAAAAAUUAUGCCCAACGCUGUAUAUUUUUGAUAAAAUGAAAUAGACAAACUGUAUGUAUAUGACUAUUCUAUGCAUAACAUCUUUAUACAAUAAGCGAUAGUUCAGUGUUUCAUCAAAAUGUAAAUGUAUAUUUUUUCCAAUAUUUUUUCUCUAGUUUUCAAUAUUUAGUAUUUUCACACACUGUUAGAAUGCAGUGCCCCCCCUCCCAAUAUGCCCAUCAUAUCUGUGAAUUAAUUUUUUCAUGACACCAAUAAAUGUUACU